AUGAAAGUCCUGCUAUCUUCCUAGCGACGGCGAAGUUGUCUGGGGAGCGGUGCUGACCAUUUACCGGCUUAUGCCGAUCAUGCUCCGUAACGUAGGUGUAGAUAUUAGCAAGAAGAACGAGCGUCUGGACGCUAUACGGAACGUGUACCUGUCCCUCGGCAUGCUGGGUCAUCGGUGGCAAGGAGACGGCACCACGAACUGCAUCUCGUUCAUGCGGUCGGCUUCGAAGCUGCAAAAGAUCAUCAAUAACCGCGAGUUGAACCACCACGUCGAGAAGGUUUACCAGUGGACCAUCGACAUUCCAACGAAACUCCGACGUUCGCUCAGGAAAGGUGUGGACGCCAUUAUCACCAACAGACCGGACCGCCUCGCCACCAUUUUGAAGGAAGAUGAGUUCCGGGGCAUGGUCCGACCCGCCACCAUUUACGACGAUCCCUGGACUCGUUUCGGUGACAAAUCUCCAGUUGCAGGGACGCCCUUCGUGGACGUGGAUGUUGAGGGUCACAGCUGAAAUGAAAUACAACGUUCAAGUCGGACCAUUACCGUUGAAGCUAACAAUUGAGCUAAUCGGCUAGCAGCACACCAGGCUGCUUUUAAUGUAUUCUUGACAUUUAAGCGUAAAGAUUGCGUACUACAUUCCUAAAAGUUCAGAAAUGUAUAGAAAGCAGAUGCGGA